CGACUCCCCUGCACCCCCUCCCGCCCCUCACACUCGCCUCCUCUUCCCUGCCGCGGAGUUGCGCCCCGGCAGCGGCAUGGGUGGCGCGCCAGCAACAGAUGCGGGGCGCCGAGAUCUGCAUCCCUAGGCCAGCCUGAACGCCGGGGGCAGAGCGGAGGCACCAGCGAAGGCGGGGACGCGAGGUGCGGGUUUCCCCCCUAAAAGGCAGAAGCCCCCGCCCCCACCGGAGAGCUCCGCGCCGGCAGAGCUCCUGCUUGCACCGCUGCCGCCGGCGCCCACCUCUCCCCAGCCAUGCCAGGCCCGGCGGCCGACGGGGCCAAGGUCCCCUUCCACCGCGCCAAGGAGGAGAUCCGUGCGGGGGUCGAAGGCUCGGAGGCUAACGGCGGCCCGGAGAGGCCGGACGCGCGCGGGCAGCUGCAGAACAUCGUCUGGAGGAACGUCGUCCUGAUGAGCCUGCUCCACUUGGGGGCCGUGUACUCCUUGGUGCUCAUCCCCAAAGCCAAGCCGCUCACUCUGCUCUGGGCUUACUUCUGCUUCCUCCUGACUGCUCUGGGUGUGACUGCUGGUGCCCAUCGCUUGUGGAGCCAUAGGUCCUACAAGGCCAAGCUGCCUCUGAGGAUAUUUCUGGCUGUCGCCAACUCCAUGGCUUUCCAGAAUGACAUCUUUGAGUGGUCCAGGGACCACCGAGUCCACCACAAGUACUCAGAAACCGAUGCUGAUCCUCACAACGCCCGCCGGGGCUUCUUCUUCUCCCAUAUCGGGUGGCUAUUUGUUCGCAAGCAUCGAGAUGUCAUUGAGAAGGGAAGAAAGCUUGACGUCACUGACCUGCUGGCUGACCCUGUGGUCCGGUUCCAGAGAAAGUACUACAAGAUCUCUGUGGUGCUCAUGUGCUUUGUGGUCCCUACGCUGGUGCCCUGGUGCAUCUGGGGAGAGAGUCUGUGGAUUUCCUACUUCCUGGCCUCCAUCCUCCGCUACACCAUCUCCCUCAAUGUCACCUGGCUGGUGAACAGUGCGGCCCAUAUGUAUGGAAACCGACCCUAUGACAAGUACAUCAGCCCUCGGCAGAACCCCCUGGUCACUCUGGGUGCCAUUGGUGAAGGCUUCCACAAUUACCAUCACACCUUUCCCUUUGACUACUCUGCGAGUGAAUUUGGCUUAAAUUUCAACCCAACCACCUGGUUCAUUGACUUCAUGUGCUGGCUGGGGCUGGCCACUGACCGCAAACGGGCAACCAAGUCAAUGAUCGAGGCCCGGAAAGCCAGGACUGGAGAUGGCAGCGCUUGAACCUGGAACCGCCAACCAACGAGUCAGCCGCUGACACCUCGGUUCAAAGCUUUUGUUACUAUAGUUCUCCUGUUCAUUGGACUGUGGGAGGGGUCAAGGGUGGGGAGGGAAUGGAAUCUCUGUGGUUUGGGAAUUUUUUGUUUGUCUCAAUGUCAAAAUACAACUCUCAAUGAAAAAUUUUUAAAGUCAAUGUAACUAUGAUUUAACAUUAGAGCGUGGACAUGUGAUUUAAUCGCUGUAGCUGCAAUAUGUCACACAUACAUUAUCAUGUGCUUAUACAUGAUGUUAACCCUGACAGGAUGAAGGAAUUUAAUGUUCUUUCAGUAUGAUUCAGGAGAGCAUUUGUUUUUUCUACCAAUUAAUUCAGCAUCAUUUUUAAACACAGUAUCUGGAGGAGCAGAGAGGCAGGGUACAAGACAAAAGAGGAAUCCAAGUAGUAACUAAAGACUGUUUCUGUUUUGUAAUUAUUGUGUGUAUGUUUUUAUUGUUGUUUUUUGAAUAAGUUGAUUGAGAACUUUAAAAAAAUGAGAAUACAGGAAAUGGCUCUCUUAUUUUUUUGCCCUGUUUACAGCUUGUUAAUGCUCCACUGUCUUUGCUUCAAAAGAGAUCUAUCUGUUCACUGCGCAGCUGGUUUGUGUCCUGAGCUAUAUGCCCAGCCCACCCUACAAAUCAAUGCCUGUGUUUGAUUUUGUUCUCUUUGCUGUUGUCAUUUUACAGGUAUAUAACAGACAUGCCAGACAUCAAAUUAUGCUCAAAUGAAGCUCUCAUUUAAAUGUUUAGACACCCAAUUUAUAUUCUAAUUGAUCCCAGCCACUGAUGCAUGUACUUUAGCUACUUCUGCUAAAUAAGCAUAUUAAUUUUCCAUGCCAGACCAUCAGAUCUUAAUAACCGACAGUUAUCUAGAACUCAGUGUCUACUAAUGUUUCACCUGCAUGCAGCCUUCAUUGAUUUUGCAGCAAAAUAUAAAGUGAUCAUUAUGUAGCUUCUGGAUUUAAAAAAUUUUAAUGUGUUAAGUUGCCUUGUAAAGAGCAUGUGGAAUUAAUGGGACAGCGUGCCCUUUGUGUUAGAUGUUAGAGCAAAAGAAAGGCUUAUAGUGUUGGCAUUGGAGCACUUCAAAAAUAGGUAUUUUCAGGAAAGAUGUAGGAUUUAAAAUUAACAUUUUUUUUUUGCAAAAGAAGUGAUGCCAAUAGGAAAUUGUCAUAAUGAAGUUCUUCAUCCAGCAGGUGUUUAACCGUGUUAUUUUGCCAUUAAUAAUGUGUAAACUAUGAGUGAUUUACAAUAAAUGAUUAUGAGUUCAUUGGUGUUCUUGACCACAUA